UUUCACAGAUUGAAAAAUCAAUGAAUUCACCGAAAAUGGCUGCGCCCUCGUAUGACAAUUUUCUUCGGGAAAAACAUAUAAAAUUCUUUCAGAGAUGUCUCCAGAUUUUACCUGCAAGAUAUUCAUCAUUAGAUACAAGCAGGAUGACAAUAGCAUUUUUUGCUAUCUCUGGUCUAGAUAUGCUUAAUGCAUUAGAUACACUGGAGAAAGACAAGAAGAACAUCAUAGACUGGAUUUACUCUUUGCAAGUCCUACCUAAUAUCCAAGAAUCCAAUAUGAAUCAUUGUGGGUUCAGAGGUUGUUCCAGCAUGGGAAAUCCUUAUGAUUCAAAACAGGCAAAGGACAGCGGUAUUCCUUAUGAUGGUGCUCAUAUAGCUAUGACAUACACUGCUCUAGCUACACUGCUAAUACUAGGGGAUGAUUUAUCAAAUGUCAACAGAGAGGUCAUUCUUGUUGCACUGAGAAAUCUACAGUUACAGGAUGGAAGUUUUCGUCCUGUUUGUGAACCUUCAGAGAAUGAUAUGCGUUUUGUAUACUGCGCCUCAUGUAUAUGUUAUAUGCUGAAUGACUGGAGUGGAAUGGAUGUAGAUAAAGCAGUAGGGUAUAUCAAGAACAGUCUGUCAUACGAAGGUGGAGUAGGACAGGGACCAUAUCUAGAGGCUCACGGUGGAUCAACAUUUUGUGCAGUAGCGUCACUAGUUUUAAUGAAUAAAUUGGACAGUGCAUUAACAGAUAGAGAAGUGAAGUGUUUGAAGAGAUGGUGUAUAUUUCGGCAACAGUCAGGAUUUCAGGGACGUCCUAACAAACCAAUAGAUACAUGCUAUUCUUUCUGGGUUGGUGCAACAUUACAGUUACUAGAUAGCUACAACUUUGUGAACUGUCAAUGUAACAGAGCAUUCCUGAUGGAUACCCAGCAACAUAUAACAGGGGGUUUCUCAAAAUGGCCAAGUCAUAAUCCAGAUGCACUUCAUGCCUAUUUUGGAAUCUGUGGUCUCUCAUUGAUGGGUGAAGCGGGUCUUCAACCAAUGCAUGCUGCAUUAAACAUCAGCCAACGAGCUGCUGACUACCUGGCUACAGUACAACACAGAUGGUCCAAACAAUCUUGAUAUUGAUUUCAAUAAUAGUCUACUUAUAAUUUCUUUCUAAAUACAGGGUGUGUGAAAAGUUUGUUCUGUUGAAAUUAUUUUACUGUAACAGUUUAAAAACAUUAUUGAGUAUUGUUAAGCUUUCUUUGCUGAUGUAAUAUACUUCCAUGUCAGUAUACUGCAAUGAUAUUACAAGAAUGACUGUAGUGAAUUUUUUAAAAAUAUAUUUAUAGAAUCUAGUUGUUGUAGUUAAGUGUUUAUAUCUCAUUAUUUUAACCUGGCAUCUUUCAAAGUUAUUAACAUUCCUUUAUUAGUACGAAAAACACGGCAGAGUUAGCUAACAGAGAACUUCUCAGAUUAUCAGCUGUCGGGUAAAGAGUUCUAGAUUAUCAAAAACGCAUCUCGGCGAUCUCGCAUGACUUAUGUUUCAAGUCCAAUUUCAGAAAUUAUAUGUGUGAAAUCAUUUCUUUUUCUGGGCAUUAAAAUUUCAUGGUUUUGACCGCAUAGGCUUUUUCAUGGGGGCAUGAUUUCAUGGAUUUAAACUUUUAAGUUAAAAUGCUGUCUGUUUGAUGGCCAAACUUUUCACAUACUUUUAAUUGUAUAACUAUUUAUUUUGUUAAGCAAUUCCACUUACAAAAGUCUAAAUUUUAUACUAUUGUGCAUAUUUUUGUAUAUGUGAAUUUUUCUAUUAUUGUCUAACAGGUGUUUCCACCAUUAUGAACAUAUGUUUCAACUUAACUUUUCUUUGCCAUCUGUUGAAUCCAGUAUUUUAAAACCAUAUGCUGAGUAAACAGUUGUUACCUGUUCAAGCAACAUCUUGUCAGUAUCGAUGAAAGUUUGUAAAUGUUUUGUGACAUUGUAAGUGAAUCAUUUAUGAAGUACCAGUAUACUGAACAAGUAAAAUGAACAAACUUGUAAAGUAAGUAAGCCCAUAUUUUUUCGUCUGUAUUUUUGGCAGGUUUAAUGCACAUUUUUUAGGCUCCCCAAAAAAGAUAAACAAAUAGGGAACACUUUCUUCUGUCAGAGCAAUAACUUAAGGAGCAAGAGACCAUUUAGUCUAAUUUUUAUUAGUUUUGAAGAUUUUUUUCUCUACAUUCUCCUCUUUUAUCCAUUACCCUGCUGUCUGCCUUCUCACUUUUUGCCAUUACCCCACUGUCUACUUUCUCUCUUUUCUACAUUACCCCACUGCUUUCUCCAUUACCCCACUGUCUACUUUCUCUAUUUUCUAUAUUACCCCGCUGUCUACAUUUUGUCUUCUGUUAUCCAACUGUCUCUCCAUUAGCUCACUUUCUACUUUUAUGCAUUACCUCACUUUUCUAUCAUCUCUCUUUUCAACAAAACCCUACUGUCUACAUUGACUCUUUUCUCCACUACCCUAGUGUCUAUCUUUUCUCCAUUACUCCACUGUCUUCUCCCCUCAACAACUUAUGACCAUCAUAGUAGUAAAAUCUUAAUCAGUCAUUCCCAUAUUUUCAGUAAUGUGGUUCACUUUUUAUAUGGAGCUCACUUAUAGGUCUUUUAUUUAUUUUCCCAUUUUUCUCUUGAUUUAGACCUGUCUUUCUUCUAACCCAUCUUCAAUAUUGUGUUUGUACUUGUGAUGUGUCUUCCCUUGCAUGGUGCUCUGUAUUAGCUUACUGUACUUUUACUAAAAAAAUUUUAAUAAGUUUGUAGGCACAGUUUACUCCAGAUGCCCAAGUUCGUGCUUGUCAAGAGUUCUGUUUGGCAGUGUUCCUACUUUUGUGACAAGUUACCAGUAUUAAGAGGUGCUUGGCACUGAGGAAAUAGAUUGAUAAUUUGAGAGGUUAGUUUAUUGACAUAGUGGACAUUUAGAAAGAAUUGAAGAAAAAAAAAUGCAGAGAGUCAAGUCUCUAGUGGAUUGGGACCAAUGGAAGACUGGAUUCUGUUACAUUUCUGAUUACUUCAUACAGCUAAAAAAAACAAUGGAUUGCCUACCAAGUCUCUGACAAGAUACUUAUAACAGUUUUUUGUUGGCUUAGUGCCACUAACAAUUUUUAUAGAAGGAUAAAAAGAAAUUUCUGUAUGAUAUUCUACAAGAAAGCCUUACAAAUCAUCUAUUUUGAAAAGUAUUGCCAUUUAUGUACCAUAUUUUUACUGCUGAAAUUCCAUUGUCAUUGUAUUUAUUCAAAAUGCAUAAUAAGUCCCAUUGCAGUUAGUAACAGGUUACUGUAUGUUUUUGGUGUGCCUUCUAGCCAUAAUGGCACACCUAGUGUCAUUAUUGCCGAAGGAACAUUAUAAAGCUAUGUGUGCCAUUAUUACUAGCCAGCACACCAGUCUUAUUGGCCUUGUUAUUAUAUAAAUUCUCUUCAUUUUUAUCUUCGUAUUUUCACUUUUUUCACAUUUUCUACUAAUUUUUAAGUAUCAUUUGUAUAACAAAAAUGUGUCAUUAUGGAUCCAUCAAUUUUCAACACCUUUUUAAUUUGUUGCUAUUUAUAGUAAGGUACAUGUAUAUAACAAUACAUGAUACCUGCCAGAAUAUUUUUAGUAAUUACACAGAUUCAAAAGGAUUUAGAGGAUGUUAGUUCCAUUUCGAUAUAUAAGUCAUGGAAUUUAACUUUGCUACCAGAAAAGUCUGAAUCUUAUGUGCAACUAACCAUUACUCUGCUAAAUUUCUAUAAUGAACUUGUCCAUCUUUCAAUUUGGACAGUAUCAUUAACUGUUGAAAGGGGUGCUUACCAAAAAAAUACUGACUGAAUGGCGAACAGUGCAGAUCAUUAUCAGACUGCACGGAUGUGUAGGCUGAUUAUGAUCUACACUGGUUGCAAAGGCAGAACCAAUCAUGUCCACAUGGUAAGGGUUAAAGCUACCAUGUGUUAUAUACUCUUGAAUGUUAUCUAUACCAGAAAAAUGUGUUGUGCAAGUCUACAGUUUAUGGUGAUCAUGUGUAUAAGGUGUUCUUGGAAUCACUUUAAAACUUGUGCCAAUAAUGCAAGAGUACACAUUUUGUCAAGUCAAACAUUGCAUCACAGAAAAUUUGUCAUUCUUAUUUGCUAUUCACGGUGAUCAUGUAUAUGAAGUUUCAUUAAAAAAAUUUAAAAACGUGGAAAUAGUUUACCCUACAAACUUCCAUAUACCAAAAAUACCUUUAUUUACAAUUUUGUCGUAAGAUUAGAGGGAUAUAACUCUGCGAUGUGUGACUCAUCAAAGAAAAAUUUAUAUGUUAUAUGUCUACACUUCAUGGCAAUUAUAUGUACGAUGUUUCAAUAAAUAUGAUGCCUCAGCAGUGUGACCAUAAUGUCAGUUACGUAAAGAUUUGCUUCAUGGGAUUCAGUGUUGUUUUAGGUGUGUAUAAUUCUCAUGUACAGUAUGUAUUGGUGAUGCAUCUACUGCAAUAAAUUUGUGUAACUGAAUUCUCAGAAAAUAAAGAUAAACAAGUA